AUGCCGCCCUUGAAACUAAUCUCCCCGAUCUCCCUUCUCAUCAAAAACAAGCCUUUUCGACGCCAAAGGUCUCGUGCAGUCCCAUCAGCCAACUCCGAACCCGGGCCGGAUGAGACACACCCGCUUGCUACGCAUGAAAAAUGGAGUUUUCCUCGCGUGAACAUCGCCAAAUUAGGGGCGAUUUUCUGGUGUUUCCUGCUUCUGGGCAGCAAUGACAGUUCAUAUGGUGUUCUCAUCCCGCAGAUUGAGGAGUAUUACGGCAUCACUUACCUACAAGUAACGCUCGUCUUCCUAUCGCCUGUGGCUGGAUUCAUUAUCAGCACGGUAUCGAACCACGCCGUCCACUUACGUUACGGCAAGCGCGGAGUCAUUAUCAUGGCGGGAACUUGCCACGUCACGGCCUACCUCGUCGGCUGCUUCCACCCACCGUUCCCGGUGCUUGUUGUCGUCUACAUCUUCGUCGGCCUCGGCUCGGGGGCGAAGACGGCCGCCUGGAACUCGUUUGUCGGAGGUUUCAAGAACUCGAAUGAGCUUCUAGGCCUCUUACACGGCUUCUACGGGAUGGGUGCAGCUAUUACCCCAGUCACCGCCAGUGCACUAUUUUCCCAGUAUGGCUGGCAUUGGUAUCAGGUAUACUAUGUCUUGGUCACGAUGGCUGCCUCGGAGUUCGUUCUCACCCUUUCCCUCUUCUACCCUCAGGAUGGAAGGGCAUAUCGAGAGGAGAUUGGGGAGUCUCAGGUACAGCAGGAAACAAUUGAGGUCCCCCUGCAGGCAAUGCCGCUUGGUGAGAAUGCAGGACUGCCAACACUCAAGCGAAACCCAUCUUCAAGGGUCAUCAAAACUGCCAGGAGCUUCAGGACCAGCAACACUUGGAACUGCCUCAGGAACAAGGUCGUUCUUGUUUGCAACGCCUUCCUUCUGGCAUAUGUCGGGUCCGAGGUGGCUCUCGGAGGUUGGCUUGUGACUUUCAUGAUUGAUGUGCGCGGCGGCUCAGCCUUUGCUUCAGGACUGACUGCCAGUGGUUUCUGGGCGGGAAUUACUGUUGGCCGAAUCAUUCUUGGCUUUGUCACCGGACGUGUCUUCAAGUCUGAGAAGCAUGCUGUGACUGUGUAUCUGAUCUGUGCCAUUAUCAUGCAGCUCCUGUACUGGCUCAUCCCCAACUUCAUCUCAUCGGCAAUCAUUGUCGCAUCCCUCGGUUUCUUCCUUGGCCCUUUGUUCCCCGCAGUCAUUGUCUGCUUGUCACGUCUCCUGCCACAAAGAAUGCGGGUGUCUGCCAUCGGAAUCUGCUCAGCCGUUGGGGCUUCCGGUGCCUCGGUAAUUCCAUUCAUGGUCGGAGCUAUUGCUCAAGCCAAAGGGGUGGCUGUUCUACAGCCCAUUAUACUCUCGGUCCUUGCAGUCUGCUUUUUGCUGUGGUUGUUACUCCCAGGAAUCCCACUACGAACGAGCACCAUCUCGCGACAAGCGGCAGAAACAACAAUCUAA